AUGGAGGACCCUCCGUUGGCUUCGCUUUCUUUGACCCAUGUUCAUUAUGUGAGAUGGCGCAUGCUUCUGCCCGACCAUACAAAGCAGCUAACCCGCCGUCUCAGNAAUCCCAAUGAUCCAAUCGCCCAUGCAUGUGCCUUUCUGGCCCUUGUACCCCAGGCUCUGUGUAUCACAUAUGCCACUCUGAUAUGGAGCACCCGCGAGGCAGAAGUCGCUCUUAUGUUUGCUGGUCAAUUGGCUUGUGAAGCUCUCAAUUGGGUCCUUAAGCGCACCAUCCGUGAAGAGAGACCACAUCUCUCCUUAACCCUCUUCCUCCUCUUACGACACAACCCUCAUGCCCCCAACACUUCGACCACCCACAUCCCAACUUCCACUUUCGAGAGACUUGCCUUGUCUGUCCUUGUGAUCGCCGGCGCUGCUGCUGUCGCUCAGAGCAGAAUAUACCUCAACUACCACACCGAGAGACAAAUUUUGGUCGGCUGCAUCGUAGGCGUGCUNUUUGCCGUCUUCUGGUAUCUGUUUACAACAUACUUGCGCCGCUCUGGCUGGUUGGACUGGGUGCUGGACACCUCGAUUGCCAAGUUCUUUCGCAUCCGAGAUCUUGUCGUCAAUGAGGAUUUAGUUGACGCUGGUUGGGAGAGGUGGCAGCAACGUAGGAGCAAGAGAAGCGAGCAAAAGUCCAGAUAG